AUGACGUCUUCAGGAACAACUUCUAAGGCGUUCAUCAAUAAUGCAGGCCCAAAUUUCAUCCAAUCACGCAUAAUUGAUGGAGAAAAUACAUCAGAUCCACUUUAUGGGGAUUGGCUUCAUAAUGAAUUUUUAGUUUCAAUUCAUCCACCAAAUUAUCCACCAGAACCAGUAGAUUUCCCAGCAUUAACAUUCACAACACAAGGAAUUGUCGUUAUGUGCAUACCAAACUUACUCCAACCUCCUCAUUUAAGAGGAACAAAUUCUGUUUAUUGUUGGUCUAAAACCAGCACAGAAUCAACAUCAAAUCCGCAACAAGAAAUUGCGAAAGCAAUUGUCACACAAUACCAACAAUGCAUGCCGAAAAUGGCUUUAGCAGCAAGAGUUAAUCCGACUAUCAAUGAUUUCAAGAAUUCUCUUUCUAAAAUCAAGCUCCAAAACUCAUCAGUUCGAACCCUCUUCCAUUAUGCUUCACAUGGAGGCCCAGAUGUUUCAUCUCAAUACAUAAUGUUGCAUUCCCCAGACAAACAAUCAUUUGAUCACUUCCCUAUCGAGAGUGUUCUCACCGCUACAGAUUCCUGCAGCGUUCACAUACUAGAUUGUGACAAUGCCGGUGCAUUAAUCAACGCAUACAGAUCAUUUAUCUCAGACAAAGCAGAUUCAGGUAUAAAGAUGGAUCUUUUCGCAUUCUUUGCAUGUGGAAGUCGCGAAAGAUUACCAAGAUCCCCAGAUUUACCUCAUGAUGUCUUUACUUCUUGUAUGACAACUCCUGCUCGCAUUGCAUUACUCUGGCAUUCUCGCCAUUACUACUGCUUUAAGAAUGGACCACUCCGACCACUAAAUACAGACCUUUUCAAGUCAUCUCCAAAUAGUAUUUUGGAUGACAUCAGUUUAAUACUCCACAGACUUGUAGAAGCCAUGGCAUUCGAAGUAUUCCCUCCAGAUCUCUUCAUGAGAGUCUUCAGAACUGAUUCUUCCAUUGCACAUUUAGCAGCAAACUAUUUUCUCGCUUGUAGGAUGCUUUCUUUCUUUGGAGUCCAACCGAAAUCGAUUCCAGAGAUGCCAGAUGUCUCAAAUCAUUCAUUAUGGCAUACUUUUGACCUCAGAUUAGAUGUUGCUUUACAGCAGCUUCAUUCUCCAGCUCCAGACCCCUCAUUAUCAUACACAGUGUUCUUAGAACAAUCCCUCAAAACUCUCAAGCAUCUAAUGAACGUUUCAACAAAAGAUAUUUCAUUUCCUGGCCAAUUAACUUUAAUUCCGCCAGCUCUUACAACGCCAUCGCUACAAGCGGAAGGUAGUAAAGUACUCGCAUUAUACAUCGAUAAAAGUAUCUCAGCUGUCAGACAAAUGUGGUAUUUCCCGAUUGCAGUACCUCUUUUCCAAAUGCUGACCUCUCCAUCGUGUAAUGAAUAUUUAUUGCUUGCUGUUGCCAAAACCUUAUGCUUUAUGCCUUCAGCCAGAGCGAUUCUUCGAGAAAUCAGCAAAGAAACAUUCAAAACAGUUCUUUCUCCUUUGCUGAAACAAGAGAACUCAGUCUUCGCUCUUGUCAUCGCUACCAUUUACCAUUUCGAGAAUAAUGAGGCCAUUUCCCAAUUAGUACAAAAUGAUUGGUCAUCUACAAUCUUGUCACUUUUUGAUGAUUCCCAUACAGAUGUACGGUUAUGGACAUUAUUAUUUGUAGCAACAUUUGUGAAUUACAUACCGGAUAGAGAUCUUAUGAUGAAGACUGCUGCAAAAAUAACUAAUUUGUCCUCAGAUUAUUCGCCAGAAGUCAGAAUUGCCAGUUUACAUGCACUAUGUUCGCUAAUCAAGUGCGAUAUCGAAACAGAAAUAGUUAAAGUUGCAAAAGAGUUGGUUCAUGACCCCAAUUCUUCAGUAAGAUGCGAAUUAAUAAUUUUACUUUCUAAUGCGACAAAAGCAAAUCCGAAAUUACUUGAGAACAAGGAUGUACAGUUGUCACUCGUUGAAUUGGCUUGCGAUCCCCAUCCUUUGGUGAAGAGAUUAAUGGAAAACUUCACACAGUCAGUUUAUCCAUCAUUUAUACUUCAGUGGUUCUCAAGGGCCAUUCUAAGCCCUAUAAAAUCACUCCUUACCGAUGAUAAACUUAGAUUAUCCAAUGUUCAGCCAACAAUUUCGCUUCCUGCUCGUCAGCCAAACAAAUCUAUGAUUACAAUUGGCAGAGCAACAUCAUUCCGACUCUUACAAACUCAUUCAGUCUGUUCUUCGAACUUUACAUCUUUAUUUGACGGAAAUGCUGCUUUAUUUGGCUCCAACUCCGGCGAAAUCGUUUAUGCCCAAUGGGAUGCCAAUGUACAACGAAGCGUUCGCAUUUCCAACAAACAGAUUAAGCAUGUUCAGUGUAUUUCAAAUUCUGGCUAUCCUCUGAUUAUUUCUUCUGAUUCCCACAGUAAUUUACGUUUCCUUAACUCCGAUUUACAGACCAUAACCGCAUUCAAACUCAACCAGAACCACUCUUUGUUCGAAUUUCUCGAAUCUGACAGAAAACUUUUGACAUUUUCAACUUUACAAAAAAAUAUUUUGGUUUAUGACAUGAAAAGUGAGAAAAUAAGCCAAACUAUCGAUUCAAUCGGUGACAACAUACAGUGCGUGAGGGCUCUCAACCACUUGAACGAUGUUGUCGCUGUUGUUUCCGAUAAAAAACUCAAUUUCGUAGAUUUGAGAACAAAUUCGAACGUAAUUUCUUCGCCCGACGGUUUGUCACUUUUUGACGUGGCCCAACUUGACAAGAGUGCAAAUUUGUUUGCAAUUGCACACAAAUGCGGUACUGUAUCCCUUUUCGAUGCAAGAUUUAACGAACCAAUAAAAAGAUAUCAGGCAUCUCCUGAAUCUUCACCGAUUUUAUCAUUUGCAGUACAGUCUGAGUCUGGUGCUUGCGCAAUAGGGUCUUCCAAAGGGGUCUGCGUCAUAGAUAUCCUCGGCGGAAAGAGAAUUGAAUACAAUUCUGUUCCAUCUCUUUUGUUUUCAAGGAAUUUAGAGGCUGUUAACGCUUGCUGCUUCUCACCUACUAAAUUUUCUCUUGCUGUACUCCAGGGACAAUCUGAUAUCUUAUUCUUGGAUGAUGCAUCGUAG